UUGUGAUCAGUCUGUUACUGCUGCAGCACACAUAAGGAUAAUACAAAAUGGCUGUUCAAGAUCUAGAUAAGGGAAUGCGCUGUAUUAAAUAUUUACUUUUCUCUUUCAACCUUCUAUUUGUGAUAACUGGUAUCCUGCUCAUCAUGGUUGGAACAACAAUUUAUGCUAUACAUAAUGAUUACAUAAAUUUUCUGGAGGACAAAUACUUGACACCUGCCACCUUACUUAUAGCUGUGGGAAUUAUUAUAUUUAUUGUUGCCUUCUUUGGUUGCUGUGGUGCAGUACGUGAAAGUACAUGCAUGGUAAUGGUGUUUGCUGUCCUUCUUGGAAUUAUCUUCAUAUUGGAGCUCUCAGCCAGUAUUGCUAGUUAUGUCCUCAGGGAUGGACUAGUGGACAUGUUAGUUGAAAGUAUAAAUUCUACAAUGCACGAUUAUCCAAAAGACGUCUACAUGGCACAAACAGUGGAUUACUUACAACAAACUAUGCAAUGUUGUGGUCUUGCAAGCCCAAAGGACUGGGCUGGAAUACUAACAGAAGGGGAGAACACAUUUACAACCAAUGGAACAGUAUUGCCGCAGUCAUGUGUAGCAGCUUUUGCCUCAAAUGAAACUACAACAAGUAUCUUUGCUACUGGGUGUGUGUCACGUUUGGGACUCCUGAUUAACCAAAGUGUCCUGCUGCUUGCAACAGCUGCUAUUUCAAUUGCUUUAUUACAGUUCCUUGGGAUGACUUUCGCCUGUUCUCUUGGAAAAGCUAUCAGGGCGCACAAAACAGAACGUGAGGUACGUCGUCAGGAACUCCAAGAACAGCUUAUUAAGAGCUAUUCUCUAAUUAGUAACAGUGAUCCGAAGAGGACAUUCCCUGUUGUGUACAUGGACGCAAACAGGGAGUACGACUGCUGAAACUUGCAAGAAAAACUAUAUUUGAAAAUGCAUACUAAUAAAAUAGAAUAAUAAUUUUUCAGUGCAAUGUAUAAUGUAUAUGUGUGUAAGAGUUUCCAGAGGAAUUACCAUUUUUUAUUAGGAGCUCUAGAAAUGUGUAAAAUAAAAAUACAGCUCUGACAUUAAUUAGACAUGAAGUACAUUAAACAAGGAGAUAAAAACUGAAUCUACAAUGAAGUAAAAGCACAACACUGUCAUGAAGUCAAUAAUGUGGUAACAAUUACAUAACCAUCAAGGUUACAUGGAAACUACACACAAAUUUAUCUGUAAGCUCUAAUUUACAGGACAAAUUCAUGUCAUUACCUCAUUAUCAUGAUAAAUUUAAUCGCAUUAUGAAACCAAAUCACAGGAUGAGAUGACACUACCACUAAGUUAUUACUUCUAUCUUAAGUUACAUAUAAUUAAGAUAUAUUUUUGUAUGUCCAAGUAAUGUUACCACUAAUGUUAUGAUUGGAUAUGUACAGAUAAUUAAUAAAACUGGUAUUAAAAUGAAGCAGCAGUCAAAGAGCAUCACUUGCCUUGUCAUAUUCACAGAUUUCUUGCCCAAUUUAAUUAACAAGGGAAGAAAUGAUGAUACAAUAUGAUACAGUAGUUUAUUAAAGUACAAAAAUCAAUCACUAUACCUAUUACUAAAAAUAUCAAAGUCAAAGUAGUCUCAUACUCUGAGAAUGGGCAUAGAGGAGCAGAUGCAAGAAUCCUGCAUGGCCAUUCUAGGCAAGGUCAUAGUCGAGUGGUUUGCCAUUGCCUUCCUCCGUCCUGUUAUGAAGCGUCAAAGCGUGUAUCUGCACUGUAUUGAUGACUGUGAUGAGUGCUUGUACAGUGUGGUUUUGGGUUUGUGUUGUUAUGGAUGAAGGGAUGGAAAAGAGUGAAGCUUGGUGCCAACACAGAACCUACAUCUCUCAAAUAAAACCAAGGGGGCCACUGAGCUUAAUAUCCUCAUCCAACAGAUGGACAACCAUCACGAGUGUCACAUUGCCCUCAUUUCAGACAGACAUUGCAGAGAGGUUUGGAAUUUAAUCCAGAACACUGGUGCAGAGACUGGCAAUCGGGAACUUUAUUCCAUCACUUCUCUUUCCCUUGUGAUAAAUA